UUCAUACAGAUGAAAUAUGAAGAGAUGGAAGUGGAAGACAACAUGUCCACAGUGAUGCAAUUUGUACUCCUGGGGUUUCCUGACCUUCCAGACCUUCAAGGAAUAUUAUUUGGGGUGUUCUCCAUCAUUUACAUCAUUAUCUUAACUGGAAAUAGUCUCAUAAUAAUACUAACUAGGCUUGACCCUGCACUUCACAAACCCAUGUAUUUUUUCCUGGCAAAUUUUUCCUUCUUGGAAAUCUGUCACGUGUCCAUCACUCUCCCUAGGAUUCUGGUGAACCUUUGGAUUCAGGACAGAAGCAUUUCUGUGCUGUACUGUGCUGCCCAAAUGUGCUUCUUUGUUAUCUUCAGAGCCACUGAGUGCUUCCUCCUGGUGGUGAUGGCCUAUGACCGCUGUGUGGCUGUCUGUGACCCUCUGCACUAUCCCCUGGUCAUGACUGCAAAGGUGUGCCUCCAGCUGGCUGUGGGCUCCUGGGUCAGUGAAAUCCCAGUGCAGAUACGGCAAAUGUGCUGGAUCUCUCUGCCUUUCUGUCAUUUGAACGAGGUUAACCACUUCUUCUGUGACAUUCCCCCCAUUCUGAAGCUGGCCUGCGGAGACACUUUUGCACAUGAGCUCUCAGUCUAUGCAGUAACUCUAUUAUUUGCUGCUGUCCCUUUUUGGUUGAUCCUUGUCUCCUAUAGCCAAAUCAUUUCCACUACUCUGAGGUUGCCAACAGCCAGAGGACAGGCUAAAGCCUUCUCCACAUGCUCUUCUCACCUGUUGGUUGUCGUGUUAUUCUUCGGAUCUCCUGCCAUUACCUACUCAAGACCAAAAUCCAGUCAUUCUGCAGGAACUGACAAACUCUUCUCUCUGUUCUACAUCAUAGUGACUCCAAUGUUCAAUCCCAUGAUAUACAGCCUUCAGAAGAAGGAUGUGAUUACAGCGCUGAGAAAAUUAUUACUUAAAAAAUAA